UGCUUAAGUGCCAGAAUUAAUGUGUAGAACAUGACUUUCAUGCAGCAUAUGAAGUUUUUCUUAUCCAAGCCUAGUUAUUUGUUUGUCUGUCUUAUUUGGCUUGUAACUUUUGAAAAUUGAACACUUUGUACAGGCCGGUGGCCCGAGCAGAUGGUUUCAUCCAGACUAGCGAGUGGGGCAAUUUGGAGCAAUUUUUGGUGAACAUUAUGCCAACAAGUCAGAAUGGUUCUCAUCCUGCGCUUCUUCAUCCAUUUCCCUUCCUCACAGUAUGGCAGCGUCGAGUGAUGGAUCUACUAGCUGGAGGGCAAUAUGGAGAAGCAGCACAGAUCUUUGCUACAAAAAUCCAUCCUCUGAAGAAUGCGGUUACUGCUCGUAUAUCUUCUGAGAAACUGCACGAUGAGAUAGGAAAAAUAGAGAGAUCUGUUGGCAGCAAGAUGAGUGUAUACCACGCUCAUUGCGGCACAGUGCUGAUGAAGAAGUUAAUCAGUGACUACCUGAGGUUUUAUCUACCGGAUUCCAUUGGCUAUGUAUCCCCCAAGGGAAAACAAAGUGCUAUGUGGGAGUUUGCACUGAGAUUGGAUCCGCCAGUGCUAGGAGUCUACAAAUCACACGCGGACAUCCGCUGUCUUCUAUGCAGUGAACAAGAAUACACUAACUGUAACAUUGGUGUGAAGAUGGAAGGGCAUAUACCGGAUUCCCUGGCUUGACUCCAGAGGCAAGUCGUCGCUUCAGUGAGGCCCUAAAGAAAAGAUCUAAGAGGAAGAGAUCUGGUGUCAACAACAUCAGCAGCUUGGCAUUAAGUAAAAUUCUGAAAGUGGCCACGGGUGUUGAUCCCUUGCCCAUGA